AUGAAGAUGGACAGAAGAGACUUCCAGCUGGUUUGCUCUGUGCUGCUGUGUAUCAUCACUCAGGUGUGGUGUCAGCUGUGUACCGGACCAUGUCAGUGCCCACACACCGUGCCACGCUGCCCUGCCGGGGUUCCUCUGACAUUAGACAGCUGCGGGUGUUGCCAGGUGUGUGCCAGACAGGAGGGGGAGGCCUGCAGUGACCGGCUGCCCUGUGACACCCAACGAGGGCUACAGUGUGACUACAGCGCCAGCUACCCUGGAGGACCAGGACAGUGUGUCGGUCAGAAUGAACUGGGCUGUGAGCUGAAUGGCAGACGGUUGGAGGAGGGGCAGGUAUUUCAACCUUCCUGUGCCCAGCUGUGCCAUUGUCUGGGAGGAGGGGUGACCUGCGUGCCCCUGUGCACUGAUGAUCUGCAGAGGCCUGCUGAUAAGUGCCCAAACCCUCAGCUGGUGCGACUGCCAGGGCGCUGCUGUAAAGAGUGGGUGUGUGACGGCCUGGACAACAGUAUUUCCUCAAGUCCAUCGGCAGCAGAGCAGGCACGUCAGGACUACAGGGGUGGGCUCUCUGGCCUGUCGCUCGGCCCCAUCCCAAACUGUGUCGAGUGGCGCACCGAAUGGAGCCCUUGCUCCCACAGCUGUGGCCCAGGUGUCUCCACCCGCAGCUCAAACAGGAACUGGGCUUGUCGUCUGCAGACUGAGACCAGACUGUGCCAGGUCAGGCCAUGCCAGACUCUGCUACCGGGGCUCCGAAGACAGCAGCCGGGGUCUGGGAUGUGCGAGAGCAGCUACAGUUCACCUCUGUCCGUUCAGCUUGAACAUCAAGGCUGUUGGACCACCAGAGCCUACCGCCUUAAGUUUUGUGCCUUGACCUGUACAGAGGGACGCUGCUGCAGCCCCUCCCAUUCUAGAACAGUGUGGAUGGUAUUCCGCUGCCCCCAGGGCAGUAUCACCCACCAGCAGGUGAUGAUGAUUGAGUCCUGCUCCUGCAGCAGCUCCAACUGCCAACAGUACCCAGCGACACCUGGUCGGACCCUCCUGCCCUGGCUGUGA